AUGCAUUCGAAUCCCAGUUUUGUUUUGUCAUAUCCAGCAAGUAAAGCAAGGCUCAGAGGAUACUUGCUUGCUACCUUCGAAAAGAAGAUUAAGGGACUGGUCUCCGACCGCCAAGCGCCAGCGGACUGGUUCAUGGCACUGUCCUCCGUUGAUCAAAACCCCAGUGGCCGAUACCAACGGAAGAUCCUUAUUUGCAAAGCCAGAACCAAGCGUGAAAAAGGCGGCUGCGACGGAGGAAACCGCUCCCAAGCGGCCCAAGGCAGCCCCUCCCAAAGCUUCCAAAGCCUCCAAAGCUUCCAGCGAGUCCAGCGACGAAAGCGGGAAGGACGCCAAAGAUGGUCAGAAGGAUGA